AUGAGUAAAGAUAAAAAGGAACACAAGGAUAAGAAGAGAAAGCAUGAUAAUGAGGAUGUUGAAAUAACAGACUCUAAGAAACAAAGAAAGUUAGAAAAGAAAGAAAAGAAAGACAAAAAAGAAAAGAAGGACAAGAAGGACAAGAAGGAUAAGAAGGAUAAGAAGGACAAGAAGGACAAGAAAGAUAAGAAAGACAAAAAGGAAAAGAAAGAUAAAGAUUCUGAAUCAAGCUCAGUUGAAACAGUCUCUAACGAUUCAUCAAUUUCUACCAACUAUACUCAAUCUUCGAAAUUAUCAUCUGUUUCGCAAUCAGAUAUCGAUAAAUUCCUUACUGAUAAUGAAAUAACGGUUGAAGAUCCUUCAUCAUCUUCAUUACGUCCUAUUUUAUCAUUUGAUCAAAUUCAAUUAACUUCAGUUAUUACAUCAAAAUUAUCCAAAUUUGAUAAACCAACCCCAAUUCAAUCAGUUUCGUGGCCAUUUUUAUUAUCAAAUAAAGAUGUGAUUGGAGUUGCUGAAACUGGAUCUGGUAAAACAUUUGCCUUUGGUGUACCGGCAAUCAAUAAUAUCAUUACUACGGGGAACACAAAUACAUUAUCAGUAUUAUGUAUUUCACCAACUAGAGAAUUAGCAUUACAAAUCUAUGAUAAUUUGAUUGAAUUGACAGCUGAUAGUGGUGUUAAUUGUGUUGCUGUUUAUGGAGGGGUUUCCAAAGAUGAUCAAAUCAGAAAACUUAAAACUGCUAAUGUUGUCGUUGCUACACCAGGUAGAUUGGUUGACUUGAUUAAUGAUGGUGCCAUAAAUUUGGGUAAUGUGAAUUAUUUGGUUUUAGAUGAAGCCGAUAGAAUGCUUGAAAAAGGGUUUGAAGAAGAUAUUAAAACCAUUAUUUCGAAUACUAAUAAUGCUAAAAGACAAACAUUAAUGUUUACUGCUACUUGGCCUAAAGAAGUAAGAGAAUUGGCCAAUAAUUUUAUGAAUUCUCCAGUUAAAGUAACCGUUGGAGAUCGUGAUGAAUUAAGUGCUAACAAAAGAAUCACUCAAAUUGUUGAAGUGAUUAAUAAAUUCGAUAAAGAAAAGAAAUUGAUUCAAUUGUUACGUAAAUAUAAUGCCAAUGAAUCUUCCGAUAACAAAAUAUUAAUCUUUGCUUUAUAUAAAAAGGAAGCAUCAAGAAUUGAAAAUUUUUUGAAAAGAAAUAGAUUUUCAGUGGCUGCUAUUCAUGGAGAUUUAUCUCAACAACAAAGAACAGCAGCUUUAAGUGCAUUCAAAUCAGGUCAGAGCAAUUUAUUAUUAGCCACUGAUGUUGCUGCUAGAGGAUUAGAUAUACCCAAUGUUAAGGUUGUCAUCAAUUUAACUUUCCCAUUGACUAUAGAAGAUUACGUUCAUAGAAUUGGUAGAACAGGAAGAGCUGGUGCUAAAGGUACUGCUCAUACUUUAUUCACUGAAGAUGAAAAACAUUUGAGUGGGGCUUUGUGUAAUAUCUUGAGAGGUGCUAAUCAACCUGUACCCGAUGAAUUAUUAAAAUUCGGUGGACAUACCAAAAAGAAGGCUCAUAGUGUUUAUGGUGCCUUUUAUAAGGAUGUUGAUAUGACCAAAACUGCCAAAAAGAUCAAAUUUGACUAA